GAUAGAUUUCUUAUUCUUUUCUUAUUUCCGCCUUCUUUUCCUGUCCGGUUAAGGGAUCAGACGGCGAUCUAAAUUAUUGGUGGUUUCCGCUUCGCUUGGAUCGAUCACCUGUCGUCGCCGCCGCCGCCCUCGGUUCUCUUCCAGUCAGAGGGUUUGGAGGUGGAGGCGAGCGGGCGAUGUCAUCACUUAGUAGAGAGCUGGUGUUUCUGAUUCUCCAGUUCCUCGAUGAGGAGAAGUUCAAGGAAACAGUUCACAAACUUGAGCAAGAAUCUGGCUUCUAUUUUAAUAUGAAAUAUUUUGAGGAUGAGGUGCACAACGGGAACUGGGAUAAUGUUGAAAAGUAUCUCUCUGGCUUUACAAAGGUCGAUGACAACCGGUACUCUAUGAAGAUAUUCUUUGAAAUACGGAAGCAGAAGUAUCUAGAAGCAUUGGACAAGCAUGACCGACCAAAGGCUGUUGAAAUCCUUGUGAAGGAUUUGAAGGUCUUUGCUUCAUUUAAUGAGGAGCUAUUUAAGGAAAUCACUCAGCUUUUAACAUUGGAGAACUUCAGGGAAAAUGAGCAACUAUCAAAGUAUGGAGAUACCAAAUCAGCACGUUCAAUCAUGCUUAUUGAACUCAAAAAGCUCAUUGAAGCAAACCCCCUGUUCCGAGAUAAAUUGCAGUUACCAAACCUAAAAAAUUCUAGGUUGCGCACCUUAAUUAACCAGAGUUUAAACUGGCAACAUCAGCUUUGCAAAAAUCCUAGGCCGAAUCCAGAUAUUAAAACUCUUUUCGUUGAUCAUUCAUGUGGGCAACCAAAUGGUGCUCUUGCUCCAUCACCAGUAAACAAUCCGUUGUUGGGGGUCAUGCCCAAAGCAGGAAGUUUUCCUCCAUUGGGUGCUCAUGGGCCAUUUCAACCUGCUCCAACACCAGUUCCGACACCCCUUGCUGGUUGGAUGUCUAGUCCUGCUGCUGUAACCCAUCCAGCUGUCUCAGGUGGACCUAUUGGGCUCAACGCACCUACAAAUCCUGUUGCAAUUCUAAAGCACCCUAGGACUCCACCAACAGCCAACCCUUCUAUCGAGUAUGCAUCUGCUGAUUCUGAGCAUGUAUCAAAAAGAACAAGACCUCUUGGAAUAUCUGAAGAAGUAAAUUUGCCUGUCAAUAUACUGCCAGUUUCCUAUCCUCAGAAUCAUAAUCAGGCUACAUUCUCCCUGGAGGAUUUGCCAAAAACAGUUGUGCGGACACUGAGCCAAGGAUCAAACCCUAUGAGCAUGGAUUUUCAUCCAGUCCAGCAGACUAUUCUCCUUGUCGGUACCAAUGUUGGCGAUGUUGCGUUAUGGGAUGUCGGCAAUAGGGAGAGAUUAAUUCUGAAGAAUUUCAAGGUUUGGGAACUUGGAACUUGCUCCAUGUCUCUUCAGGCUUCUUUGGUCAAGGAUCCUGCUGUAUCAGUUAAUCGCAUAAUAUGGAGCCCAGAUGGCUCUUUGUUUGGUGUUGCUUACUCAAGGCACAUUGUUCAAAUAUAUGCUUAUCAUGGUGGUGAGGAUAUCAGGCAACACUUGGAGAUUGAUGCUCAUGUUGGUGGUGUCAAUGAUAUCGCAUUUGCUCAUCCUAAUAAGCAGCUUUCUAUAAUCACAUGUGGAGAUGACAAGACAAUAAGGGUGUGGGAUGCAACUAGUGGCACAAAACAGCAUACUUUUGAAGGCCAUGAAGCACCUGUUUACUCUGUUUGCCCGCAUCACAAGGAGAACAUUCAGUUCAUCUUUUCGACUGCGUUAGAUGGAAAAAUAAAGGCAUGGUUGUAUGACAAUCUGGGAUCCAGGGUAGAUUAUGAUGCUCCAGGGCACUGGUGUACAACAAUGGCUUAUAGUGCUGAUGGUUCAAGGCUCUUCUCAUGUGGAACCAGUAAAGAAGGGGAGACAUUCAUUGUGGAGUGGAACGAAAGUGAAGGAGCUGUGAAGAGGACAUAUCAAGGUUUCCGAAAACGUUCACUGGGAGUAGUGCAAUUUGAUACCACAAGGAACAGAUUUUUGGCUGCUGGUGAUGAAUUUGUGAUCAAGUUUUGGGAUAUGGAUAAUAUCAAUCUACUAACUACUGUUGAUGCUGAUGGUGGCCUACCAGCAAGUCCGAGGAUUAGAUUCAACAAGGAAGGAACACUAUUGGCUAUUUCUACACAUGAUAAUGGAAUUAAAAUUUUGGCAAAUGGUGAUGGACUUCGUCUGUUGCGCACACUUGAAAAUCGUUCAUUUGAUGCUUCUAGGGCCGUCUCAGAGACUCCAACAAAACCUAUAAUAAGCCCACUAACUGCUGCUUCAGUUGCGACAACUUCUGGAAUAGCUGAGAGAACUGCUCCACCUAUGGCAAUAGCUUCUGGAAUGAAUGGAGAAGGCAGAAACAUGGUGGAUGUCAAACCUAGAAUUGUUGAUGAAUCAACCGAAAAAUCAAAAAUCUGGAAGCUUACCGAAGUCAAUGAACCAGCUCAAUGUCGAUCUUUAAGGCUCCCAGACAGUCUUAGAACAAGCAAGGUUAGAUCUUUGUAGCUUAGGACUUCAUUU